AUGUUAUUCCAAACUGAUGUACUAUUGACCAAAGAUUCUCUACCUAAUGUUCUAACUGAAGAUUCAAUACCUAAAGACCUACUAACUAAAGACUCUGGUAAAGACCAACUAGUUGAAUAG